CAGAAGCGGAUGUUUUCACUCAAACAUGUGUUUAUUUACUUCGAAUGUGACUGGAAUUUGCAGGCGGAUGUUAGUCAAAUGAUAUCUAAUAGUCUGAAAUAUGCUGUAUCUGCUGUCAUUGCUUCUCGUGAUAUGGCUUCCAAGUGCAGCGUGGGGCCAUGCUCGUCUCAUGUCGCCUCCAUCUAGAUCUAGCAUGUGGAGGCUAGGAUUUCGGACCAAGAAAAAUUUCAACGACAAUGCUCUGUACUGUGGAGGAAUUAAUAUUCAAUGGCAGAAAAACGGCGGGAAAUGUGGCAUUUGUGGUGAUCCGUACAAUAUGCCUCAUCCAAGAGACAACGAAGCAGGAGGCAAGUUUGGCCGAGGAAUAAUUUCUCGGCGUUACUUGUCCGGGCAAGUUAUGGAAGCCACAGUCGAUGUGACCACAAACCACAGAGGGUACUUCGAAUUCAAACUCUGCCCUAACAACAAUCCGAGGCGGGAAGCCACUCAAGAUUGCUUGGAUAAGUACAUUCUCAAAGAAGCUCAUGGCAUAGGAACUCGAUACUACAUCGGCGACAGAGGCAGAGGCGACAUCACCGUGAAAUUGCAAUUGCCAAAAGGGUUAACUUGUACGCAAUGUGUCUUUCAAUGGACUUACGUAGCAGGAAACAAUUGGGGAAUGUGUGAAGAUGGAGUUUCGAGACUAGGCUGUGGACCACAGGAGACAUUUAGAGGCUGUGCAGACAUAUCCAUUGAAAAAAGCUCUGAUGUCUUCAACUUCAGAGCCAUUGAAAAUGAAAUACGCAACAGACGACGUGGGUUUUAUUCCAACAAAACAAGAAAGCAAAACUUAUACAAGUAUUCAACGGACGCCAACUAUCCUGAAUAUAAUUAUCAAGUAUCCAAGUACAAUCGAAGAAACACCACUAGACAUAACUUUGUAGAUACGAAACGUCAACCCCAUUACAACAAAUAUUAUUACAACAAGAAGAACGAAUAUGAUUUGAAUUCUCAUCAGUCUCCAUUGAAUGCACAAGAAUUUUUAGGCGAUAAGACUUUGUUGAAAUUGAAAAACCACAAGAAUUACGACGGCAGGAAAAGGCAAAAACACCGAAACUACAGUGAGCAUGGUGCGGGUUAUAAAGCCUCUUAUCUGCACUUUCCUAGUGAUAGAGAUUAUGAAGUAGAUACAUUUUUAGAAAAAGGGCGACAUAGAACUUCUUUGUCUUCAGUUCGAGGACAGCGAGGAAAAAAGCGAUACCCCAAUAGGAGGCCAGAGCGUGAAUCUGCUCUUUCUCAAUUGUCCAGUUUCAUUGAUCAUGCACAAGACGACAGAGACUCACAAUAUUUUACCAUAGGGGGAAGAAGGUAUAAAGAUUUUUGGUAUUUGUAG